GAAUGAAUUAUUGGGAUUAAAUACGAGCGUCACACUGUUACCAUGGUAACAGAAGCAGCUAGCUUGCUAGCGUCGUAAACGGCUCCUUGCUUGAGCAGACCCGAUGUGUCUUACUCGAUAACGAGCAUCAUUUGUAAUCUUUUCGUGUUUUAUUUUUCGUUUAAAAUACAACUAAUAGACGCCCCAUACUGAAACGACAAUGUAGGAUUUAUUUUUAGAGGAUGGACGAGACAUGCAAGGUGAUCCAAACCUGAAGCUCAGGUAAACGACAAUCCGCUGAUGGAGAUGUGCCGUCACAGAGCAUGAAGAAAAUAUUCAACUUCAAGAAGAAGAAGGGCUCCCCCAGCCCCUCCGAGACAGGGAGCGUGCUGUCGGCCAGCUAUGAUGUGAAGGAGAAAGACCUCGGGAAGGUCCACAAGGCUGCGUUCAGCGGAGAUGUGGUCAAACUCAGACAGCUGGCCAAAAAGAAUGAUUUAAACCAGCUGGAUAAGGAAAACAGGACUGCACUGCACAUCGCUUGUGCCUGCGGACACACAGAUGCGGUUCAGUUCUUAGUGGAGAGCAAAGUGAAGCUGAACUUAUGCGACAAUCAGAACCGCUCCGCCUUAAUGAAGGCGGUUCAGUGUGAACAAGACCGCUCCGUCUCUUUGCUCCUGGAACAUGAGGCUGACCCCAACCUGGUGGACAUCAGUGGAAACGCGGCACUGCACCUGGCCGCCCGUAUCCCCUCCCUUCCUGUGGUGCUGCAGCUCCUGGAGCACUCAGCCAACAUCAACGCACAGAACAAGGAUGGAAACACUCCACUGAUGCUGGCUGUGAUGGAAAACCAUGCAGACAUGACUGAGCUUUUACUGAAAGAGGGAGCGGAUGUUAAUGUCAAGAAUCAGGAGCAACGGUCUGCGCUGAUGAUAGCUGCGUGCAACGGACAAAUCAGCAUGGUGCGUUUGCUUCUGCAGUAUGAUGCUGACAUCACAGUGAAAGAUGAUAAGGGAUGGUCUUCUGAUGAUUAUGCUGUCAUGAAUGGACACCACGCAUGUUCACAUCUGAUUAUCGAGCAUGGGACGAAGAGAAGAUCCCUUCAGUCAUCUUCCCAUUUCACUGCCAGCAAAAAGAAACGGACGUCCGUGCUCGGCAGCCCCGGUGGUAUUGGGGCCGGUUUGGCUUUGGGAGGACCAGCUCUGGAUAAAAAUGCAGCAGGAAGCAGCUCCGCAGGAGCAGGGAAAGAUACAGAAGACAAUUCUCACACAGACUCCAUUAGCAGGGCAUCAAAAAGUGGUGCUGCUGAUUCCUGGCCUUCAUCAGAUGAUGACGACGAGUUAGAUUUGAGCCCAAAGAAACAAAAAGUAAACUUGAAGAAACUCAUAAGCGCUUCAAAAAGGGAAAAUGUAGAAGUCAUAGCAGAUCGGAAUGCAGACAAAUCCUGGAGCAGAUCAGAGUCUGAACCGGACAGUGAGGAUAAGGGUGCAAUCCGCCCACCACUGUCUAGACCACUCCCCUUCAGCAGCACCUCCCUCCAACCCCCUGUAGCAACCCCACCUGCCUCUUUACCCCACCCACCCCAGAUGAGCUCCACCCCCUUCAGCAGCACCCUUAAGGAAGAAGCCUCAACAGAGGAUGAGGAAGAAGAGGAUGAGAGGGACGAACCAGAGGAAAUGUGUGAAAAGGCUAAAGAUUCUCAAAAUGGUAGUGCUAGCAAGGAAAAGCGAAGAGAUUUCCUUUUAGAAUUGGGACUCGAAAAGGAAGAUGAAAAUGACGAAUCUCCCUGGGAUUCAGAGUCUGGUUCUGAGAGCCCACAGAAGAAACAGGCCAGUGCUCAACACACUACCGCCAAAUCACAUAGAUCUAUGUACAGUAUUUGUGAGGAGAACACUAAAGUUUUAAGAAAUUACGAAGAUGAUGAUGAAGAAGAGAAGGAAACCGAAAUACCACCCAAAGUGAUCAAAAGGGAGCCUGUCUCUGUUCUUAGUAAGCUGAUGGAUUCAAAAGAAGCUAAUAAGAAAACAGACCUGAUGGAAGAGCUUGGUGUGGGGGAUGCUGAUGAUCUUGAAGAUGCUUCAGACUGGGACUCCGCCAGCACCACCAGUAAGGCCAGUAAAAACUACCCAGUUCAUAAGCUAGACGAGGAACCCCUCUUUGAAAGCCCAGCAUCUUCCACGCUACCCAUAACACCUCAGCAACAGGACAUGGACACCAGGGAACAUAAAGAAGCCAAUCCAGAGAGAAACAAACCCACAACCUCGAGCACAACACCUCUACCUAGUCCACGAUCUCUCAACCCAAACGCCAGCUCAAAACCGCAGCCACUGCCACGGCUGCGCUUGGACUCCAAUCAGAGUCCAGAGAGUGAAGAAUCGGACUGGGAUACGGACACUUCCAGUCCAGCCAAGAAGAAAGCUUCACUGCCAAAUGUCGCUGAGCCUGAUGCAGUUCAUCGGCAGAAACCCAAAGCUGAAGAUGCCGAGAGUGAAGACAGUUCUGACGCAAGCGAAGAUGUAGAUCAGGCAAGAGAGGCAUUACAAGCAUCUUCCGUAGACAUAAAUAGGCCAUCUAACCAUGAACCACUGGAGCGCCCAACCUCUCCUAGAGAGGACGAACAAGAGGAGAAAGCUGAUGAGAUUCCCUGGGAGGAACGCUAUGAGAAAAUCUGGGUGGAUAAUGAAAAAAAGGAGACCAAGUCCCAAUAUAAAAACGUGGCUGCUGAACUAAAAGAGAGGUUCGGAGAACUGGAUUACAAGGAACCACCAAGUGGGCUUUCGCAGCAGGAAUGGAAAGAAGAUGAACAAUAUGAUGAGGAGUUAAAGAAAGAGGUGGAAAAGGAAGCAGAUGAUGAAGAUUCCAGUGAGGAAGAGGGAGAGCCAGUAGUACGGCCCACCGCCCGGGCGAGAAGUGCCAUACUUUUACCCAUCCCAGAGCAGAGAGAGUCAGGCCUGGAGGACUCGCAGUCUGAAAGUGUCCACCGCACGGUUAGUGUUGAGGUCAGCGAUGCAGAGCUUCCCAGUGACCAACACAACCCUCAAAUCAUCCCAGAAGUCCUAACAGAUGAGGCCCAGGAGCCAGAGAACCCAGCGGAUGACAUUGAGGAACCUGAUAGUGGAAGCAAAGAAAAGUAUCCACUAGAUCCUGGAAGCAACGUAGAUGAAGAACCUGAAGAACUUCACAGACCUUCAUUGCUUGUUGAGAAUGAGCUACAAGUCCCACCUAAAUUUCUAGAAGUGCCCUCUUCUGACUCCCAUGAGGUUGACGAGGGCUUGUGGAAGUCCAGACUUGAGGGUGGCAAGGAACAGGCGGAUGGCAUGAGGGGAGAACACCAGCCCAGUGCUUUAUGGGAUACUAGAGGAACCAGAGAACGAGGUGAACUUGACCAAGGAAAAGGGAAGAAAAUUGACACCAACUCUGGGAACCCAAAACCUAAACAGGAAGGGAUGGCUGACAGCAGGUCUUUGGGAAGAGAGGGUAGUGUUUCACCAAGACAUCUGACAAGAAGUCCGAGAAGUACUGACAGAGCACCACCACAUGGUGAGGAAGAUGAGGAGGAAGAAAAGAAAACUGUAGGUAGCCAAGCCAGAAAUCUCCGUGUAGCUCCCCCUCUGCAGGGCAAACCCUCCCGACCUGCGACACACCAUAAUGGAGACCUCGAGUCGGUCUUUGAUGAUAGUACUUUAAGUGAGCUGUCGGAAGAGGACAGGAGGUCCCCGUCUUUAAGGCGUAAGAAAGAACGGAGCACUGGAGAGCUGGAAAUGGCAGAUGAUUUUGAAGAUCUCACCCAGUCUUCUGACACAGCUACUGAGGAGCUGGAGACUCCAGUAUCUGGAUACCGCAAUGCCUCUCUGCUCUUCAAACAACUCGACUCAAGCUAUCUGGACUCUGUGAGUGUGGUGAAACUACAGAACAUGUUUCAUGAGUAUGAACGCACCAUCCAGAGGGAGCGAGACAGACACAGCCGUCUGGCGGAUAAAACCUCUCAGCUGGAGCAGGAACGCAACGAGCUCAAGAUCCUGCUGGAUGAGAUCAGAGGCAGCAAGUCCAGCCUAGAACAUCUCAAACUGGAGCUGGAAACAGAUAUGAACAAUCUCAAGUGA